CUUGAAAAAGUAGACGGCGGAUCUAGAUACACGGUGUUCUGUUGUUAAUGUUGUUUAGUCUCAGCUAUGAUGAUACACGGCUUUAAAAGCAGCAAUCAAGAAUUCAAUUUUGGACCAUGGCAACUCACUGCAAUCAAAACCCACAUCAUGAAAUCAGCUGAUGUUGAGAAACUGGCUGAAGAGAUGAGCAUGCCCUGUCUACCAGAGAUGAUGUUUGGGGAAAAUGUCUUGAGGAUCCAACAUACAUCUGGGUUUGGCAUAGAAUUCAAUGCAAAUGAUGCUUUGAAAGUAGUGAAAAAUAGCCAAGGGUCUGUAAAAGUUGCAUGUGCUGAGGAGUGGCAGGAGAGCAGAUCAGAUAGCGAGCACAGCAAAGAGGUUGUGAAGCCUUAUGAUUGGACAUAUACAACUGACUACAAGGGAACAUUGCUUGGUGAUAAUAUGAAACUUAAUGUUGUCCCAACAACAGAAAGGAUAAACACAGAGAAAUUGAAAGCAAAAGAGCAGAUAAUGUUCUUUGAGGAGGUCCUGCUGUUUGAAGAUGAAUUACAUGACCAUGGAGUGUCCAGUCUAAGUGUUAAAAUUAGAGUGAUGCCUACAAGCUUUUUCCUUCUUUUGAGAUUCUUUUUGAGGGUGGAUGGUGUACUCAUCCGAAUGAAUGACACUCGUUUGUACCACGAGGCAGACAAGACAUUCAUGCUGAGGGAAUACACAUCCAAAGAGAGUAAAAUCAGUAAUCUUAGCCAUGUUCCUCCUCCUCUCUACACUGAGCCAAAUGAGAUUUCUCAGUAUUUACCGGUUAUACAAACCAUUUAUGAAAAAUUAGAAUUUCCAUCACAACCACACUAGUGGGUACAUAAACAGUAUUGGAAAUGGUAUACAAUAACAGAAAUAGGCUCUACAUCAGACUACAAGACAUUCAGUCUUUGUGUAUAAACUAUUGGCAUUUCUGAAUGUUGAACCUAACUUCAGAUGAUUGCAUGCAUUAUUGAUUACUUGGAUAGUAAUAAUGUAUUAAGCAAAAUUACUUUGAAAAAAAACCCUGAUAUUUUGAAAUGUUGAAGUUGAGCAAAUAUUUUUAAAUAAAAAUAUAUUAUGAAUUUUC